CUCUCUUUCUUUUUGGGCUCCAGGCUCUGCUUGUGCCCGAAAGCCGCGCGCAUCAGCACAAAAGCCGCCAAGGCUGCUGACAUCACUGGGCGAAGAGGAGGAGAAAGAAGAGGAAGGAAGGAAGGAAGGAAGAGGAGGAGGAAGAGGAGGAGGAGGAAGAGGAGCCCAGGCCAGGCAUCGCUCGCCACGCCCGCCAAAGAGAGAGCGCGCCUCGCCUUCUGCCUCGCCCGCUCGCCCCACAUCCGUGCCCAGGGGGGCCUCCGCGGAGAUGGCCGAGUACAGCAGCCUGCUGGAGGAGCUUGCGGAGAACAUCACCAACGAAGACCUGGACCAGCUGAAGUCGGCCUGCAAGGAGGACAUCCCGAGCGAGACCCACGACAAAAUCGCCACCAGCAAGGACUGGUUCAGCUUUCUCGAGAAGCACAAGAAACUGGACAAAGACAAUCUUUCCUACAUUGAGCACAUCUUUGAGAUUUCCCGCCGCCCGGACUUGCUCACCAUGGUGGUGGAAUACCGUACCCAAGUGCUGAAGAUCUCCGAGGAAGACGAAGUAGACACCAAGCUCACCCGAAUCCCCAGCGCCAAGAAAUACAAAGACAUCAUCCGGCAGCCGUCUGAGGAAGAGAUCAUCAAGCUGGCUCCCCCACCCAAGAAAGCUUAAAGCAGGCCGGAAGGAGGGAGGAGGAAGACGAGGAAGGACCACCCCUGCCCCUUCUGCACCCCCCAAGUUUGGGCAGACGCAGCGACACCUCCUCUCCUCCUCUGACCACAUCCUUCUCCUCCUUUUUUCAGAUGGGAGGGUGGGGUGGGGUGGUUUGUGGGGUUGGCAGCAGCAGUAGCCACUAACCCGACCUUAACCCCAGCCCCAUAAGAACCCUACCUUUCCCUCCCUCCCCUCCAGUUUCCCACCUUGAAUGGAUUCAGAAGGUCCCCCAUUGGGGAGAGUCUGAUCCCGUUGAGAAAAGGGCAGGGGUCUUGCUUGGAAGUGCUAUGCAAUUGUGGAUCUCACAAUUUUCUCUGCCCUGCUCAGCAGCCGCUCCAGCCCAUUCUUGCCCCAAAGGGAAGGGAGAGACCCCUGAAACCAAACCUUUCUGUAUUGGUAAGAGAGGAGGAUGAGUGGGCAAAGAAAGUAGGAGACAAGGAGAUGAGAACGAGUGGAGACAAUGUCUGGAGGCACUGGGGAGCAGCAGAACCCAGAUCGGGGUUGUUGUAUGUUUUCCGGGCUGUCUGGCCAUGUUCCAGAAGUAUUCACUUCUGACGUUUCGCCCACAUCUAUGGCAGGCAUCCUCAGAGGUUGUGAGGUCCCAGAUCCGUUGAUAUGGGGCAGCAUUAGGGUCUCGCUUCAUGAGGGGAUAGAUGGGAAACUCUAUGGACUGCACCUCUGAGAGGCAGUUCACCUCUUAGGUGCUGCAUUGGGGCACAAAGGGUGGGGAGGGGGGAGAAAGGGAAAAUGCACUUUGUUCUCAUUUAGGGGGAUUCUGGUACCUUCAGUCAAUCCAGCAAUGGGGAAGGAGGUAUCCUGGGAAUGCCACGGUCUGCCGAUUUGGGGAGCAGAGACGGAGAGCUGCCUGUCUCUUGCUGCGAGCCCCGUAUCGCUUUGAGACCUUGCUGCCCUUUGGCCAGAUUCCCAUCCGGCUCCUUCUGAAGCUCUUGGACUGCCCACCUUGAUGGCAUUGGGGUCUUUGCAGCCUUGCCCACUGACUCACCUUUCCCACCCUCUUUGCCGAUCCCUCAAAGUGGCACAAAGCAGUUCGGAACAAUGGGCACAAUGUUGGCACAAUGACUUGCUCUCUUCGAGACUAAUUGGCAAGCCUCUUCCAUGUGAGCUGGAAUCAGAAAAAACUGUUUGGAGACGCAAGGAGAGACAGAGCAGGUGGUUUUAAGGUUUUGUUUUGUUUUUUCCGUGUCGGGAGCGACUUGAGAAACUGCAAGUCACUUCUGGUGUGAGAGAAUUGGACGUUGCCCAGGGGACUUUGCCCGGAUGUUUUGAUGUGUUUGUCAUCCUUGUGGGAGGCUUCUCUCAUGUCCCCGCGUGGAGCUGGAGCUGAGAGAGGGAGCUCAUCCGCACUCUCACAGGGUGGGAUUCGAACCUGGCAGCCAGGGGUGACUUGAGCAGGACUGGGCUAGUUUAGGAAGAGGCGGGAAAGAAAACAAAGGGCAGAGAAAGUUAAGGCAAGGAGAAAGCAUUGGAUAAAGAAGGUGAGAGUAGUGGACUAGAGAGUAAAAGUUGGUCUAAGUAGCCGUUGGAUUUGGGGGUCUCCAACUUCCCUUUGAAGGUAUACCGAGAUCAGUGGGCACUCUGAGUGGCUGUUGAUUUUGCUGGCCCACUAGCCGCCCAUGACCACACACACCGUCAACUUUGUGCCUUUCCUCAGUGUUGGUUGUCGUUCUGUCACCUCCCUUUUAGUGCCUCCUCUGUCACUUCUAGGUCUCCCCUUCCCAACACUGCCCAGGUGUGACCCUUGAGAAGAGGACCACGGUGGGCUUUUCCGAGGGGUUGCCCACUUUGGCACAGCUCUGGACUCCUUCCUGGCUUUUCGCUGGGGAAAGCGGAGGCUCAGCUUGGCUCCGGGCAGAUAAUUCUGGGUGGGAAUGCCCGUUCUCCAUUCUCGAUCCUUCCUCGAUUUUGGCACUGCUGGGUUUACGGCGAGCUGGCCUCUGGUUGUAGAGACCAGCGGUCAAGCUGUGCACAAUAUUAGCAACGCCUCUGGUUCUGUAGCCAAUAAAAGCGUCACUUUCCGAGAGCGUAAAGAGGUCAGUUUCAAGGCCCUUGGUUGCUCUGGUGAGGCUCGAGGAUCUGAUCCAUUUCCAAGCAGAAAAGAGUCCUUUUCCCCAUUGCUGCUGCAGCUGCCAUCCCGCCAUCCCAUCCAAAUGUGGGUCCUGGGUUUCAGGGUAUUCUUUGUUGCCCCCACCCCAGCCAUCAGCACAAGGUGGCAUCGAUAGCACUGACCCAUAAUGUCCAGUCCCACCAAGUGUGGGGAGAAUAUGAGUGUUUUGUUGAUUUUUUUUAGGAUGGGGAGAAGCCAGCGGAUGUGCUUUUCCCACUCCAGAUAUCCUUCAACUAACCUACCUAUUUGCAGGCAGCGAGUAUAUAGGGGGAGGCACGACUGGGGGUGGGGGGAUUAAAGGGCAGGGAGCUUCUAGUUUGAAUCCAUUGAAUGGUGGAACUCACUUUGGUUGCAUUGGACUGCAAAAAAAAAAAAAGGAUUUGUUUCCUGUUUUAAUAUAUUUUGAUUAUUUAAUUAACGCUGAAAAUCUGUGCUGUGAAUCUCGGUUUGUUUAGCCAGGUAGCCCCUCCCGUGAGACCUUCUUCCCCCUGCGGCCGUUGUGUCCCGUGUUCUCCGUGUGGCGUGAUCCGCAGCCGGGUGAGAACUGCGUGUUUUCUAACAAGGCAUCUGGUCAACUGCCCCAAAGUACCUCCUUUCCUUCCUUGAAAGACACACACAGGCACGUGCUUCUUUCUCUGCCCACUUUUCUUCCCGAGGCAAGAAAAGUUGCAGGGUCUCAACCCACUUGAUGCCAGCUUCCUUGGUGCCUCUCGGUGCAUCUUCACUGCCUUUGCAAAAUCCCCAGAGCUGACAGAAAGGGCCGGAGUGAGCUGGGUAGGGCAGCAGAAAAUCCGCAAAGAGCUCGGACAGUGCCUGCUUGGUCAAUUGGGCGAAACCCUCUUCCAGGAGUCAGCCAACUUCAAAGAAUGGCAUGGGCAGGAAGCUUCUUGGGUUAUGGCAUUGAUAUUUCCUCUCCCAGAAGCUUUGAUUGCCCCGGGUGCCCAAAUCCUGCCUUUGGAACAACUUGCAUCCUCACUUGGAACCAUUUUUGGUAGCUCGUUUUGCCCACUGAGCAUCCUCAGAAGAUCCACGGCAAUGUUUUAUCAAGUUCCAUAGACAGCAGAGUGGACAUGAAAAGUUGAAGUCCAACUAGUUGGGUUGCAUGUCUGCCACUUGGGACUUUUCAGAAUUAGGGCCACUUGUAAUCGAUGACACGCAAACUUGCAAUUCUUCAUCUACUUAGGACAGUUGUGGGUAAAAGACUCCUAAAUCCACUGUACUAUGAUUUGGAGAAUGAGGGGCUGAGCAUCAGGGUUGCUCCGUUAGGGAAAAAUAAGAUGCUAUUAAAAUGCAGCCAGACAGGAGGGCAUCCAAUUGGCAAGAGGAUUGGGAUUAGCAUUGGCAUUGGCUAUAUGGAAGUGACAGAAUGGUUCCAAUGGGGAAAGGGGCUUCUUUUACAGAUCUAGAUCCAAGCCUACCAGCCUUUUGCGUUGCCAAAAGGCAGACCAACAAGGGGUGCCCCAAAGUGUCACCAAAUGAGGCAGAAGACUGAGCUCUUUUAUCCAACAGCCUUAAAUUAAGUAUUUUACACUCUUUUCCUGAUGUUUACAGCUGAAGAGCUGGUGCUGAUGUCACUGCAAAUUGGCUCAUUGGCACCGGGUAAAAAUAGUGCCAAAGAAAGGCUCAGAUUCAGGACAAACAGCUCAGAAGUAGAAGAGGAAGGCAAGAGGCAGUUGGGGAGAUGCCUUGUUCCCACUGCCCGUCAUUCUCUUCUCCGCCAUGUCAGCUCUGGGAUACUUUCUAAAGGAAGGGGGUGAAGUGGCUCAAGGUUAAAAUUAUGUCCCUUUUUGUCUCACGCUUGCAUACACUGCGUGCCAUGCCCUGGAAGUAGUACGAACCUCUGCAGACUCAGUGCACCUCCUCUGGCACAGCAUUAGAUGCAUUUUCUAAUAAACAUAUCCACAUCGCAACCUCCUUGUCCUGGGACUCUUUCACGCUGCUCUGCCAUAGCACUAUGAUUCCGCUUCAACUGCUACAGCUAUGUCCGAGGGAAUCCUGGGAUGUGUAGUUUGGGGAAACACUAGAGGAAGGCUCUGGCUGAUAAUUCCAAAGUACCCAAUCUGCCGAUCCCAGGUUUGGAUAAGACGGCAGCUGAAGUGGAACCAGAGCUCUCUAUAACGGCCCAGUGUGCAAAGGCCCCGGGCGAGUAGCCGUUGUCGAGAAGUGCAAAUGGGAAAUUGCUCCGUGCUGCUGGGCUUCUUACCCUUGUUAAGAGUUUUGUCUGCCGCGUGAGACAGGAUGAUGGGUUACAGAGUCCAGUUGUGGCCUACGGCAGCAGCGUGCUCUCUAAGGCGCAAAUUGCUUAGCAUUUGAUUCGGGAGGUGCACUUUUUCACGAUACUCUGGUGAAAUGAUUGCCACGGGUUUAGUCCUUAGAAUCCUAGAAUUGGAAGAGGUUCCAAGGGCCAUGUAGUCCAACCUCUUGCCAUGCAGGAACACCCAACUCACUCCCGACAGAUGGCCAUCUAACCUCCACAAGAUGGAGUAUAUUUAAUAGGGCUUGCUUCAGAAGGAAAGUUGUGGCCCAGAAAACUCACAACAACCCAAUCCUAGAAUUGGAAGAGGUUCCAAGGGCCAUCUAGUCCAACCUCUUCACAUGCAGGAACCACCCAACACACUCCCGACAGAUGGCCAUCUAACCUCCAAAAGAUGGAGUAUAUUUAAUAGGGAGGAACGUUGUGGCCCAGAAAACUCACAACAACCCAAUCCUAGAAUUGGAAGAGGUUCCAAGGGACAUCUAGUCCAACCUCUUGCCAGGCAGGAACCACCCAACACACUCCCGACAGAUGGCCAUCUAACCUCCACAAGAUGGAGUAUAUUUAAUAGGGAGGAACGUUGUGGCCCAGAAAACUCACAACAACCCAAUCCUAGAAUUGGAAGAGGUUCCAAGGGACAUCUAGUCCAACCUCUUGCCAGGCAGGAACCACCCAACACACUCCCGACAGAUGGCCAUCUAACCUCCACAAGAUGGAAUAUAUUUAAUAGGGAGGAACGUUGUGGCCCAAAAAACUCACAACAACCCAAAGUUGUGGCUGUUACAGACAGUACUUUCUCUGAGCCUUCUUAAUGCUUUUUAGAACAAAACAUCCCUUGAUGGGAAGGGGGUGCAGAGAAAGAAAAGGGCUGUGAAUGGGUCACAUCUCUCUUUUUCAAAGAUCUGGAUCCCCCCUAAAAAAAACCCUUAAAACUCCCAAUGAGCCCCUGAAAUUCUGGCCUUUAAACAAGGAUCAGCAGCUGGACCUGAUCUGAGCAAGAAUCCAGGGAAGGCACUCAUUUUUUUCCACUUUCCAACCUGCUUUCCUUUUUCUUCCCCUCCUUCUGCCCAUAUCCACUCCCCCCUGAUGCUCAGACCGUGCUAACUGUGUGUACAUAUAUAUUAUAAAUAUAUGUAUAUUAAAUAUAAUAUUGACUGUUUAGUGUUAACUUAUUCUUGUUUUUUUUGUUGUCAAAUGGACCAAAAAAAAGGCAAACAGGAACUCUAAUGAGAGUAUUUCUGACUAAAACACAUUUUUUGAUUCAAGACGUAUUUAAGUAAGGAAGGAAUGUGUUUCAGCACAUGCCAGAAAGUGGCCAAGGAAUGAGGAUUGUUAAACUGACUUAGAGAGGCUAUCUCCUCCCAUCUGUGGCCACUCCGUUAAAUGACCAAGGAAUCUGGGAAAACCAGGGAAAUGGCAAUGUCUUCUCUGUGAAGUCUAAAUUAUAUUUUAAGUGGUUUCAGAAGAAAGCGAUUUGAAAUUUGUGGGAAAUCAUACUAUUCCCCACUUGGGAAAACUCAAUGGAAAACUGUGCAGUUGUCGAAGGCUUUCGUGGCCGGGAUCACAGGGUUGUUGUAUGUUUUCCGGGCUGUCUGGCCAUGUUCUAGAAGUAUUCUCUCCUGACGUUUCGCCCACAUCUAUGGCAGGCAUCCGCAGAGGUUGUGAGGUAUGGAGUAAAUAAGAAGCAACACUCUGAAAACAGAGGAUUUCCAGACAUGGGAACCAGGGGCAGCUAACGACUCUGAACAAAAGAUGCCCCAGGCAGAAAGAGGAGAUGAAGCUUUUCAGUGCUAAUCAAGGUGAUUAACUACAACAUUCACACUGGCUUCCUACUGACAAAGAGUUCUUCUCUCAACCUGGACUUUCCACAGAUAUAUAUAAACCUUCCUUGCUUAGUUUCUCCAUAUACCUCACAACCUCUAAGAAUGCCUGCUAUAGAUGUGGGCGAAACGUCAGGAGAGAAUGCUUCUGGAACAUGGCCAGACAGCCCGGAAAACAUACAACAACCCUGUCCCCACCAAGCAGCUCUUAAAUGUGGAUAUUAUCCUUUAGAUAAUAUGCCCAAACUCGGCAUAUUAGAAAUCUCUUGGACUGACCCGCAUCCCGCCCUAAGGGGGAUUGAUCCCUAUCGCCUCCUUAAAGUUCUGAGUUUGCCAUGUGCGUGGGUUGUUUUUUUAUUACUAUUAAUGUUUCUUUAAUCCUAUCUUGUCCCAGCUGGGAACUAUUUUGUGUUCGGUGGGGAUUUUCUUUCGUAAACAAUGGAACCUAGCUCCUGCUUUGCUUACAUUCCUCUCCCCAUAUGCUCCCAACUCCCCCUUUUUACUCCAGAGUAUGAAGUCAUUGUGCUAAUAACGGAAAUAAAAGUCGAAGGUAUUGUGUA